AUGGACGAAGCCACGCUGCUGGACGAGGCUAUGCUAGCCUGGUUCCCUCCCUUGGGUACAGUUGAGCUCUCCACGCGGUCGACUUUCACGGAAACCGAUCUGAGAAAUAUCUCUGACUUGCUACACCGGAGCGGCAAGCCCUCAUGGAGUCGCAUUCCCCGCAUAUAUACCACGCUUCGGCUCAUCGACGAGCUAGACGUUAUCGAUUCGUUCCUAAGCUGUGGCAUCAGCGAUCUGUCGUUACCAUUCAGCCAGAGAACAUUGCCAGGACAACUCAAAGACCAGUCAUCCCGGGUCCGGUUCCUCGAAGUUCAGUCUAAAGUUCUCACGAAAGCGCUUGACCUGGAGAGGGAGAGGGGCAAGCAUCGCCAUUUCUCCAAUCCAGAUGAUCUUCCGUUCAAAAAGAUCGCUGAACUUGGGAAAGGAGGAUAUGGCUUUGUCGACAAAGUUCUCAGUACCGUCACCUACCGAGAAUAUGCUCGUAAGCUCAUUCCUAGGGGUCGCACAUUCCGUCAAGAUCGAGAUCUAUUACGCGAUUUCGAGAAUGAGUUACAAGUGCUCAAGAAGUUGUCACACCAGCACAUUGUCAGGUUGAUAGGAAGCUAUACAGAUCCACGUUAUGUUGGUGUCCUCAUGGAUCCUGUCGCCGAUUGCAACCUCAAAGUUCUACUGAACGCUCACCCUUUGUCGUCGGAUACCCGUUCACUUGUUCGAACCUUCUACGGGUGUCUUGCUUCUGCUGUUCUCUACCUUCACGAGAACAAACUGAGACACAAAGAUAUCAAACCCGAGGUGGGAAACAUAUUGAAGAACCCUGAGUCUGGCUACUAA